AUGGCUGCUUCUAAUAAACUCUUCUUCCUCUUUCUGUGGGACUGCCUUAAAGGUAGAUCUUGCCCUUGGCCUUGGAUGCGGCGACCCCCCGGCACAUUGAUCGAAGCUUCCGAACCCGCCUACCCUUUUGAUGGCGGUCUAACGCUGCCAUCGACUCCCCCCUGGCCGAAGCUAAUCAUGUUCUGUACCCGAACCGACUUGGACUCUGUCUUGUCUCUUAAGAUUUAA